CGGAGCCGGCGCCCGCGGAGCUGCGGGGGGAGCGCUCGCUGGCUCGCCGCUGCCGCUGCCCCUGCGCUGCGCUCCGGCCGCGCCGCUCGCCGUGGCCCGUGGAUGGGGGUGUCUCGCUGAGCCCCGUGAGCCGCCUCCUUCCGCCAGGACCCGCACAGAUCAACGAAUCUCGAACGGUGCACUUGUUCUAUUGCUAAGCAAUAAUGGAGGCCCCACUGGUGAGUUUGGAUGAAGAGUUUGAGGACCUUCGGCCCUGCUGCUCGGAGGACCCAGAGGAGAAGCCACGGUGUUUCUAUGGCUCAUCUCCUCACCAUCUAGAGGACCCCUCCCUCUCUGAGCUUGAGAAUUUUUCCUCUGAAAUAAUCAGCUUCAAGUCCAUGGAGGACCUCGUGAAUGAAUUCGAUGAGAAGCUCAACGUCUGCUUUCGGAACUACAAUGCCAAGACCGAAAACCUAGCUCCAGUGAAGAACCAGUUUCAGAUCCAAGAGGAGGAGGAAACGCUGCAGGAUGAGGAGGUUUGGGAUGCGCUGACAGACAAUUACAUCCCUUCACUCUCAGAAGACUGGAGGGACCCAAAUAUGGAGGCUCUGAAUGGCAACAACUCUGACACUGAGAUCCAUGAGAAAGAAGAGGAGGAGUUCAAUGAGAAAAGUGAGCACGAUUCUGGUAUCAAUGAAGAGCCUCUACUCACGGCAGAUCAGGUAAUCGAGGAGAUUGAGGAAAUGAUGCAGAACUCCCCAGACCCUGAGGAGGAAGAGGACGCUCUGGAAGAGGAGGAUGGGGGAGAAACCUCCUCCCAGGCAGACUCGGUCCUCCUGCAGGAGAUGCAGGCUUUGACCCAGACCUUCAACAACAACUGGUCUUACGAAGGGCUGAGGCACAUGUCUGGGUCUGAGCUGACCGAGCUGCUGGACCAGGUGGAGGCCGCCAUCCGAGACUUCUCAGAGGAGCUGGUGCAACAGCUGGCCCGCCGGGACGAGCUGGAAUUUGAAAAGGAGGUGAAGAAUUCCUUCAUCACGGUGCUUAUUGAGGUGCAGAACAAGCAGAAGGAGCAGCGAGAACUGAUGAAAAAGAGGCGGAAAGAGAAAGGGCUGAGCCUGCAGAGCAGCCGAAUAGAGAAGGGAAACCAGAUGCCUCUCAAGCGCUUCAGCAUGGAAGGCAUCUCCAACAUUCUGCAGAGCGGCAUCCGCCAGACCUUUGGCUCUUCAGGGGCUGACAAACAGUAUCUGAACACAGUCAUCCCCUAUGAGAAGAAAGCCUCGCCUCCGUCCGUGGAAGAUCUCCAGAUGCUGACAAACAUUCUCUUUGCCAUGAAGGAGGAUAAUGAGAAGGUGCCCACUUUGCUAACGGACUACAUUUUAAAAGUGCUCUGUCCUACCUAACCCUGCCCUCUGGAGCAGCCUCGCUGCGGAGGUCACUGAGCACGAGUCUGUCCAUCACAGGGACUGCAUGACACCAUGUAACCUCCGAGGUGUAUUUAAACAUGUAUAGCUUAACCUGGAUUAAACCUGAGCAAAUGCGCAGGACCCUUUGCUGUUGGCUUCUAGUCCUAGUAACCGUUGGAUGCAUGAUCGAGGGGCAGGGCUGGUGACGGCGCCUCCUCUCCGCCUGUGUUGGAGGAAGGUGGGCGCGCUCACUGCUCAUUGUGUAGUCUAGCUCCAGCCCUCAAAAACAGCUUACACUCUUAAGACUAAUUUUGAAAUAAACCUUCAUUUAAUUAA